CGCGGGGCUGCCAGCGCUGCCGGGAGCGGAGCCGUCGGAGCGGAAGCGCCGCCGCCGCCGCCGCCGGGGCGCCCGAGGCGGGAGCCAUGUCGAAGCGGCUGCGGAGCAGCGAGGUGUGCGCCGACUGCAGCGGCCCCGAUCCUUCUUGGGCAUCAGUAAAUAGGGGGAUUUUAAUAUGUGAUGAGUGCUGCAGUGUACACCGGAGCCUGGGUCGUCACAUCUCUCAAGUGAGGCAUCUGAAGCACACGCCAUGGCCUCCCACACUGCUUCAGAUGGUUGAAACUCUGUAUAAUAAUGGUGCUAAUUCUAUCUGGGAACAUUCUUUGCUGGACCCUGCUUCCAUCAUGAGUGGGAGGCGUAAAGCUAAUCCACAGGAUAAAGUACAUCCCAAUAAAGCAGAAUUCAUCAGAGCCAAGUACCAGAUGCUAGCAUUUGUUCAUCGCUUACCUUGCCGUGAUGAUGAUAGUGUUACCGCCAAAGACCUUAGUAAGCAACUCCAUUCGAGUGUGAGGACAGGAAAUCUGGAAACGUGUUUACGGCUGCUGUCUUUGGGAGCCCAGGCCAACUUUUUUCACCCCGAGAAAGGAAACACCCCACUUCACGUUGCUGCCAAAGCGGGCCAGAUUUUACAGGCUGAGUUAUUGGCAGUGUACGGGGCAGAUCCGGGCACACAGGACUCAAGUGGAAAAACCCCCAUUGAUUAUGCGAGACAAGGAGGGCACCGAGAACUGGCAGAACGUCUGGUUGAGGUGCAGUAUGAGCUCACGGACAGACUUGCUUUCUACCUGUGUGGCAGGAGGCCAGAUCACCAAAAUGGACAGCACUUUAUUAUACCUCAGAUGGCUGACAGACAGCUCAGCCUGGAUUUGUCUGAAUUAGCAAAAGCUGCUAAGAAGAAGCUUCAGUCUCUCAGUAACCACUUGUUUGAAGAACUCGCCAUGGAUGUGUAUGAUGAAGUGGACAGGAGAGAGACCGAUGCAGUGUGGCUCGCAACUCAGAACCACAGCACUUUGGUGACCGAAACAACAGCCGUCCCCUUCCUUCCAGUGAAUCCGGAGUAUUCCUCGACAAGAAACCAGGGCAGACAGAAAUUAGCCCGGUUUAAUGCCCACGAGUUUGCUACACUGGUCAUCGACAUUCUGAGUGACGCCAAGAGGAGGCAGCAGGGGAACCCCAGCACUGGAUCAAAAGACAAUGUGGAACUCAUCCUGAAAGCCCUCGGCAGCCAGCCCAGCAUGGAGAGUCAAGAUAACGACCAGCCAGACUAUGACAGCGUCGCCUCCGACGAAGAUCCAGAUUUGGAAACGACGACGAGCAAAGCCAGCAGGCAGAAGAGCCUGGAUUCCGACUUGUCGGACGGACCCGUCCCUAUCCAAGAAUUCAUGGAUGUCAAGAAUGCGCUGGUGGCUUCUGAGGCAAAGAUCCAGCAGCUCAUGAAGGUGAAUAACAGCCUGAGUGACGAGCUGAGAGUGAUGCAGAAAAAGCUUCUGACCCUCCAGAGCGAGAAUUCGACCCUCAGGAGGCAGGCCACCACCCAUCUCUGUCAGGUGCCACCUGGCUCUGAGUACCCAGACCCCUCCAGCCCUUCCUCCUUAAAGCGGCGUCCAUCUGCCCGGGGCAGUAGACCCAUGUCCAUGUACGAGACCGGAUCCGGUCAGAAACCCUACCUCCCCCUGGGGGAAGUCGCCUACCCAGAAGAGAGUGUGGCCAGACUACAGCCUUUCCCCCCACACAUCGGGAGGAGUGCGUUUGUGACCUCCUCUUCAUCUCUGCCUUCCUUCCCCUCCACACUUUCCUGGUCAAGGGAUGAAAGCGCACGAAGGGCCUCCAAGUUGGAGAAGCAGAACAGCAUGCCAGAGAGCGACUACGACAAUACCACCCCCGACUCAGAGCUGGAUGACACAGGGUCCAGCAGAAAGGCCAGACAGCGGAGCGUCAUCUGGCCCUCGGAGGGAGCCAUUCCCGAGGUGGGAGACCCACACAGCGUGUCGAGUUCCACCCUACCGAGCACAGAAGACGUCAUCCGAAAAACUGAACAGAUCACCAAGAACAUCCAGGAGCUCUUGCGAGCUGCCCAGGAAAAUAAGCAUGACAGCUAUAUUCCAUGCUCGGAGAGGAUACAUGUGGCCGUGACUGAAAUGGCAGCCCUCUUCCCCAAAAAACCCAAAUCUGAUAUGGUGAGGACUUCGCUGCGCCUCCUGACGUCCAGUGCCUACAGACUCCAGUCUGAGUGCAAAAAGACCCUGCCAGGGGAGUCCAGCUGUCCUGCGGACAUCCAGCUGGUCACCCAGCAGGUCAUUCAGUGCGCGUAUGAUAUCGCCAAGGCUGCGAAGCAACUGGUGACCAUCACCACCAAAGAGAACAACCACUGAGGCUCCUCUUCUGGUUUUUAGUCUUUGUAAGAUCCAAUUUCAAAUUUAGACGUGGAACUUGACAGAUUUUUACAAAAAAAAAAAAUUUAGUGGCAGAGUAAACUUUUUAAAAUAAAACUCAGUAUUAUUUUUGCAUGUUUUCUAACAAAUUUUUCACUAUUAAUUUAACCCACUUGCCUUAUUUUGUGCCUGUUUUGCCAGUUUUGUUACUGAUCCUAGUAUGUCGUAAACAGCUCUUGGGUUGAUUUGUCCAUUACAUGCAAAAACUUGAUGUUUGUCAUCUCCAGCAACUUCCUGUCGUCUGUGGUUAAAACUAUGAAGAGAGCUUUAGGAAAAAACGUCGUCAAGACAAUUGGACUCAAACUGUACAAUCUCUGUCCCAUGUAUAAGCAUUGUGCAAUUACUAGAAUUUCAACAGGUUCCUGCAACUCCUGGGAAGUUUGGAGUGUCCGAGCCCAUGCAGGGUGAGGUGCUUUCUGAUCACCCGCCUUGUCAGGAAGCAUGGGCACCGGCGGCUCACUUCUCGACAGGCUGGUCUUUCCCUCUUAUCCCGUGCCGCCACUCUUCAACGACCCUGGAACAAGGCACUCUGGUCUUUAUUUGGGAGUUAUCCUGGGGCAGGAUCUCCAGCUGGAGGGUUUAGGUUCAGUUAAGGCUCUUUGCCUUAUGAUUAUAGUUAUCUAAACUGACUGCAUAGAGCCCAUGACUGAAGUAAGCCAUGACUGGUUCUGCAGACACUCAGAUGAGAUCAAGAGUCAAGAACAGCCAGUGUCGCCCCUGCUACAGAAUUCAGUAUUCCUUCAUCCCUCUAAGCCUCCAGGCAUUUCUUGGUCCUUCAAAUGAGUCUUCAUGCUGCCUGAGCCCCCCCAAGAAGCAGCCACCACAUGUCAUCGCUUGACGGCCAAACGUCCCAAAGCUGUGACAUCUGGUCAGAGAAAGAUGGCCCCUUCACUCCCAUCGUAAAGGGCUGUAUGUGGGUGUGGUUCAGAGAAGCAGGGCCUCUGUCCAGGGUGGCCACGGCUGUGUACCCUGCUUUGCCCCUGGAUCUUUGCUGUCUGUUAGGAGACAUUGGUUGGCUCUUUUUUUAAUUACAUCUGCAAUCACCUACUUGUCGUUUUGCAGAUGAACCCAUUGGAAUAACGAUAGUAAAAUGUGGUCUGCUACUUCAGAUUUUGUCUAAGCUUGUCUGUGUGCUAAAUGGGUUUCUCUUUUCACAAAAAUGGUUUGAUGCAAAAACAUGUUUGUAGCUUUGGCCAUACCUACCAUGGAAUCAGCUCUGUUUCUAGUGCGUUGGAUUUUGGGUUUCCCCCAGAUUUGCUCUCUUGAAGACAAAGGGGGUGCAUGGGGGUGUGAGUCUGGGUGUGGAUGUUGGGGGAAGAACUCGUUCUUGUCAUUCUCAUCACUUGUUUGCAUUGCCACCAAGUGCCAUAACCUUGUCAGAUGCUCAUGGAGCUGUCACUGUCACUGCCUUAGACAGAGGGACAGCUCUGGGGGUGGAAGGGUCACUGUAUUUUUGUUUAAAAAACAAUGCCUGGUAACUGUCUUUGUCCUUCUUAUUUGUAAAUAUUUGCUCCUCCAGUUUGGUUUAGCCAUGUCAAUCCUAUGACAAUUCUGAAUCGGUGCCAUUGACGAAUUGACCAAUAGAAGACAGAAUGUCUCAAGGGUUCAGAGAGCUAAGCUGUUUUCAGUCUAUUGAUGAGCUCACAUCGAGCGACCCCUUUGUUCCUAAAUGAUGAGAAUUGUCCCAACACAUUGUGAUGCUUCAGAAAGAUGGUGGAAGCAAAAGCGUUUGUGGGCGAGACAUUGCGGUCUUAGCGCUUCUCUGUGCUGGGCAGUGCCAAAACCCCCCAGAGAAAUCCAUAAUGAGCACAACGUGCAGGAAUGGAAGUGAUCCCCAGUGUUCCAUGUCAUGGGCCCCAUUCCGGAGGCUUUCCAUUUUGUUGUCCAAGGGCACCCUGUUUUUGGUCCCCUGUUGCACACGUCAGGUCAGAGGGCACCAAAGAGUGAGACUUGUGACUUCUGUUUUUCUGUGUAUUGCUCCCUUUCUGAGAAGCCAAGAGGUGCACUUUAUGAACACCAGCACUUUAGGAGCAGAUGUUACAAACGCCUUUCCCCUGGAGGCCCCUCAGCCGAAGAGCCCGUCCUGCCCAUCAAGUGCAAAUAGUUUAUAUUUGCCCAAAAGGGAGACACAGGGCCCUCAGAGGCACAGCUCAGGGCCUGGGACAUGAUAGCUGAUGUGACUUCAAAUGUAGGAACUCAGAGGAAACCUUCUAUUCUUUCUGCAGCUGUGUCAGUGAGCUUCCAGCAAGUUCAUCUCAUGUUUCUUUCCUCGUCCUGGGUGAAGUGAAAUCCUUUUCUUUUCAAAAAUGCUGCAUAGGAAAAACAAAAAUGCCUUUUUAUUGAAAAUGUAUUUAUCAGUGUCACUCAUCAUUCUGUACUUAUGAUUUCGCUUUUGUUGUACAUUCUAUUAUUGUAAUUAUUGUACAACCUUUUAAGUGUUGUAAAAUUGUUUUGCAUUAUGUGCCUGCUAGUUAUGCAAUAAACAGGCUUUACAAAUGUC